AUGUGCCUUUAUCGGGGCAGAUUUCCUCGCCGCUUUCGAUCUCCUGGUCGACUGCCGUCAUUCUCGCCUUCCCGACCAGACGACAACCUCACUGUCAGGGGUAUCCCUUCCUCCGACGCUUCCUGUCAACUCUCCGUCUUGGACCCUGAACCCGAGAACCCAUUUCGGCAACUCCUCACUAAAUACCCCGCCUUUACUCUUGCCAACUUCAACGCUUCUAUUCCACCACACGACGUUGGUCACCAUAUCCGGACCAUUGACCCUCCGUGUUUUCUCGCCCCCAGCCGUCUCGGACCUGCACGUCUUGCUGCCGCCAAGUCCGAGUUCGAGCACAUGCUUCAAAUGGACAUCAUCCGUCAGUCUGAAAGCCCAUGGGCCUCACCCCUCCACAUGGCCGCCACUGGUGACUGGCGCCCCCUGCGGUGAUUACAGGGCCCUGAACAACGUUACUGUCCCGGACCGCUAACCUGUCCCACAUCUUCAGGAUUUUGCCGGUGUCCUAUUCGGCAAGUCUGUAUUCUCGAAAAUCCAUCUGGUCCGUGCUAUCCACCAAAUUCCCAUAGCCCCAGAGGACGUUUCGAAGACGGACAUUAUCACCCCUUUGGGCUCUUUCAGUUCCUGCGCAUACUCUUUAGACUUUUUAACGCCUCCCAGACCUUCAAUGGGUUCGUAGACAGUGUGCGUUACGGCCUACCAUUUGUCUACGCCUAUAUCGAUGACCUUCUGGUAGUCAACUCCACCGCCGAAGAUUACACGGAGCAUCUGGCCACGGUGUUUAACUGCCUUCAACAACUUGGCGUUGUUCUCAACCCGUCCAAAUGCGUCUUAAGUGUGCCCUCCCUAGAAUUUCUCGGUCAUCUGGUCGACUCCCACGGCAUUCGGCCUCUUCCCUCAAAGGUUGCCGCCAUUCGAGACUUUGCACUCUCUACCUCGAAGCGUCAGUUGCAACGGUUGCUUGGUAUGGUGAACUGUUAUCGCCGGUUACUCGCGAACUGUUCCAAUACCAUCCUACCUCUGACCAGUCUGCUCUCAGGUUCCAAGCGCACCUUUGAACUUACACCAGCAGCAGCACUCACAUUAUUUGGGCAGGUAAAAGCCCUUCUGGCUGAUGCCACCCUCCUGACUCACUUUCUCUGA